AGACGCGGGAAACAGGGGGGAACAAGAACACGCUAAAACAAUGAGGCGCAGUGCACGCCUUGGAAGCCCAGGGUGACCUUAUGGUCCUUGUCCCAUCGCUGCCACGAUCAUAAAUGAUCUGCCGGCCCGAUCCGACGCUUGUACAUGUUGACAUUCUUGACCAUCCCGCUCGAACUGCGUCUCUUCAUCUACGACGUCUUCCUUGCCAAUCACCAGCAUGUCCAUGCCAGUCGCCAGCCGUCCAAUGCCCAUUUCGCUCUCCUUCAUACUUGCAAGCAAAUUGCCUACGAGGCUGCCUACUACAGGCAGUACGUCUCGCUCACCCAUGAGCAACAGAUAGAGAAAUUCAUUAACAACAUACCUGGGGCCCAUGCCUCCCAAAUACUCUUUGCCGAUGUCGCAAAUGACGGAAGAAUUGUCAGCUACUCUGAUCAGACGGUACCAGUCUCACGCCUAUAUCAGGCUUUGGGGAAAAUGCAUUCACUCAGGAGACUCCGCGUGUUUGACUGCAGGCGUGGGGGACAAACUCGUGAUUUUAUUCCUGGCGCGCGGUUGUCCCUGCAGUUUGAGCUCGCAAUGUUUCCUUCCGGUCGGUCGGGGCUCUAUUCCUACGAGCUCUAUCUUGAACCCUCAACCCAAGCUGUUGUCUUUCAGUCCAUUUCUCCCACAAAUAUUCAAGUCUUACGUUUGUCUGGUCGCGUAAGAUUCAGUACAACAUCGCAGACACCUGCUCUUUCACACCUGGCAAUACGAAGUGUUACCAGCAAUCAUUUGGAUCACCGCAUGGAAGAGCAAUUUAAUCACUCGAGCUUGCAAAGUUUUCGUUAUGCCCAAGGCAACAACAGAAUGGGAUCCGAAAUCACUGAUCGAUACUUCCAGUCUCUAGUCUCGGGUCCUGGUGUGGGCCUGCGAAAACUCGUUUUGCUCGGGUGCAGUAAACUGACCAGCACGUCCCUUGCAUCGUGUCUGCGCAGUUUACCGUUGCUAGAGUAUUUCGCCCUAUCCUUCGUCACAAUUCACGAAUUACGAAGCGGGUUCAUCACCGCGUUACCUACAUCAGUCAUGGUUUUCAAGCUGAAGAUCUCCAAUGCAUGGUACACGGAUCCACUCUUACAGCAAGAAACGGAAUUGUGCGAUGAGCUCGAGGCUUCAUUUCUGCUUCGCCAACCUCCACCACAAUCAGUAUUUCUCACCUUCCGUGAUUCAGUGCUGAGUAGUCGGGGUGUGCACUGGCGUAUAUUGGCACGAGAUUCAGGGUAUUCUCUCGCGUUGGGACCGUGGGAACAGAAUGAAAACGUGUAAAACUAUCAUCAGAUAGUACAGUAGUUGACAGCUAUGGAAAAGUCUGGCAGUGAUAUACAAAUGUUCAGUUAGCCCCAUCGUUGAGCCUUCACUAAGCAAGGAGUUUUCCUCCGAAAUGAGCCUUCAGCUGCGCAAGU